AUGCUUCAAAGCCAGGAAAACACAGAUUAUAACACCUUGCAUUCCACAGAACCUGGCAAGGAGGCAAUUGUCGCAAGACUGCAAAAGCACGAUUCCACAGUCCAGACACCUAAGUCUGGCACUGAUUACGAAAACAAUAGCCAGAAGCAGAAACAGGCAGAAAAAACCGGUGCAUCGGAGCGUCAUCAACUGAUGUCUUCAGCGCGGAAAUACCGUCAGCCUAGCGCAGCAACUAUAGGCGUCGAAUCAAGCCGUGCUUACUGGCCGUCCUCGCCUCUUCAACAUGGCAUGGAGCUCAUUGAUUGUGAUGCAUUCAGCGCGGAAAGUAACGGCGAAGGGCAUCGACUCCUAAUUUCGGCCUCAGAUGCCUUUUGGGGUCUUGAAGACGAUAUUGCUUCCCACCUGGCCUGGUUUACUUUGCGUCUUAAGUGCCAGCCAGGUGACAUCAUUUCGGUAUUGUCAGAGCUUCUUCGAUCAACUCAAAAAGGAUUACAAAGCGGUUUAACCCCAAGCACUAGCGGUACCCUUCAUCCAAUUAUUCCAACAGCCUCCGGAAAGGUUGUUUCCCCAGGGAAAGGUCAGAUACUAUCAGGCGGCUCAAAGAAGCUCAUAGGAUCAAACAGGUCUCUAUCAAUUCAGUCAAUUCGGGCGCUUGGCCAUCGUCGAGGCUUCUCAUUCUUUCCAGGAGACGACUCUACUAACCCUAUAUUAUUCAAUACCGUUGGAGGCCAAUAUACGGACUGCGAAACGAUUUCCAUCCGUCCUCUGGACUGGCAAGACACGAAGCAAGGUGAGCAUAAUGGAUCAGGCGCGUCGGCGAAAGGAGGAUUGUCAGGCGGAAUGGCUGUGGGUUCAAGAUCACAGCAACCGCUUGCCAAGUCGAUCGUAUCACUGACAGCUGGGUCGGAUGUCUCGAGGAGUCCUCAGCCACAUGGGUCAGGAAAGAGCGAUCUCACUACCAUUAUUGAUGGCUCCAGCCGCAGCUCAUCACUGUCACAAAGAGAGUCUCUAAACAGCAAUGUCGAAAACGACACUGUGCGAAAAUGUUUUAUCCGUCGCGGGAACAGUCAUCUCGCUGUUGCUGCUGCGCGUGCAGCGAGAACGUAG